UUCAAACUAGUGGUCUUUUAACGCGACCUGUCGUAAGCCGUUUUAUAAAAGAAAAUAUUGAUUCUUAGUGGCUUCGUGUUUGAACCGAGAAUAUAUAUACUGGUUAGUAUAGUGAAAUAUAGUGCAUUAAAUCUGGAUAUAUAGGGGAAUAUGGAUUAUAAAACGCUGCGCAUCGGAUUUUGUUAAAAGGAUAAUGAAGACUCUUUAAAAGGGCAAGCACAAUUUUAAUUCAACACCAACAUGCCGACCAACUUCAAAAACCAGAAAUAUUCCUCAAUAAAGAGUGACUGCCUAAAGAGAGGUGAACUUUUUGAGGACCCUGAAUUUCCAGCCAACAGUAAAUCUCUGUUUUUCAGUAGGGUUGAAAACGAAAUAGAAUGGAAACGACCAAAGGAACUGUGUAAGGUGCCAAAAUUGGUUGUUGAGGGUGUAACUACUGACGAUCUCCACCAGGGGGAGGUAGGGAACACGUGGUUUGUUACAGCGUGUGCUAGUCUUACAAGGGAGAAGAAGCUCUUCAACACAGUAUUACCAGAUCUCAAGAAUCAAGAAUGGAACGAGAAAGCUGAUAAACCAUCAUACGCUGGCGUAUUUAAGUUUAAUUUUUGGAGAUAUGGGGAAUGGAUUGAGGUUGUCGUUGACGACCGAUUACCGACGAAAAAUGAUAAACUUGUGUUUUGUCAUUCCAACUCAAGAAAUGAAUUCUGGAGCGCAUUGCUGGAGAAAGCGUAUGCCAAGUUGUACGGCGAUUACGAAACUCUUGGAGAUGGUCGCACUGCCGAUGCUCUUGUGGACUUUACUGGCGGUGUUGCCGAGAAACUCGUGCUGGCAAACCUUGGACUAAAUGACCUCAACUGCCAGCUUGACUUCUUCACCAAACUGAAAGAAGCCCUUGAAAAUAAAGCACUUAUAAACUGUAACAUUGAUUGUAAAAAAGAGGACAACGACAAAGAAACGGCCCAAGGUCUUAUCCUAGGUCACGGUUACAAUAUAACUAAAGUUAUGGACAUUAGUGUACCGAAAAAACUUCAGAGUAAAAUAGGUCAUGAGAAAAUGUUCAUGCUCCGGCUAAGUAACCCAUGGGGGACUAAAGAAUGGUCGGGGCCUUGGGCUGAUGGAGCACCGGAAUGGAACUCUUUGACUCGUCAUGAAUGGGACAAAAUGGGUAUCAAGUUUGAGAGUGAAGGUGAAUUUUGGAUGAGCCUGGACGAUUUUGUCAGUAAUUUUACCAAUGUUGAUAUAUGUCACUUUGUCAACACCUCCAUUAUUUCCCUGAAGAAAUCAUGGCACGAGAGCGUCUUUCACGGGGAGUGGCACGUGGCAGGAAGAAAUGGCGGAAGUGACUGGAACUCAAGAACGUUUCUUAGUAAUCCACAGUAUGUGUUUGAUAUAACAGCCGUGAAGGAUAAGAUAAUGGUAUCACUGGAACAAUAUGAUAUAAACAUGUCCCGGCAACAGCUCGGCAUUAAACUUAAUGAGAUUGGAUUUCAACUGAUGAAGGUGGAAGAAAACCGCAAAUACAGAAUUCACAUUAACGGAGAUCUGAUGUUCAAAUCGGACUAUUUAAGAUCUCGUAGUGUUUUCGGGUCCAUCGAGUUAAAGAAAGGACGUUACGUGCUUUUCCCGACGACAAAAGACGCCGGUGACACUGGGAAAUUCAUGUUACGACUCUACACAUCAAGUCCGGCGUCCAGCAGGGAGCUAACUGAAGAAUGUCCUACAGGAAGUUGCUGUGGUAAGCCCCCUGUCCAGGUGUCUACAAUAACAAUAGAGGGCGCUUCGGGUCUUGAAAUUCCUGCAGACUCGAAAGUCAAAACCAUUGAUCCAUACGUGAAGAUCAUUUGCGAGGGAGAGAAAGUUGUUUCAGAGAAAUUGUUAAAGACAAACAGUCCACAGUGGAACAUCAAAGCAACAUUUUACAGGAAAAAGCCAGAUCUUGAGCCGAUUACUAUUGAGAUUUGGAACAGUAACAUGAUGAUAGAUGAUUUUAUGGCGGAGGCGAGGGUGUUGGAGCCAGGUAACGAGGAGGGAGAGAAGAAAAAAUGUGAUUUAUUUGGAAGAAAGAAAGAAAAAGACGCCAUCCAACCAGGAAAUCUUCAUGUUUUCAUAAAAUCUAGUAACGAUCUGGCUUACUUGUAACUUGUGAAGAUAUCAGCGCUGUUUUUUU